AUGCAGUCCAUUAAGGAGGGCUACGCUUUUUUCAUUCUCUACCUAUCGCACAUCCUUUGGGCGUCGUAUUUAGUCUGGGCUUUCGUAUUCGAUGACUUCUUGAACGUCUUGUCCUUCCCGUUCCCCUCCAAGUACUGGGCGGCCAUCAUCCCGUGUGCUAUCAUCUUCACCUCCUUCUGCUUCAUUUUGUUUACCAUUAUUUACUCAUUCGUGAAGACAGAACCUCCGACCUCGAUGCACCUUGUAGAAGGUUACAUGGAAAUUUGCAAAAAUGGGGAUGUUCAUUCCGUUUUCGAGGAAAAAAUGACAGAAAGCUCCCUAAAUCGUAUGAAUGACUUAAGGAUUGAACAGCUGAACAAACUGUUUUACGAUACGUCCCUUUACUUUGAGUAG